AUGGGCUAGUCUCAGGGAGCCAGCAGUUUAUAAGGCAGCAGAAACCCUGCUGUGAGCAGAGCCUUCCAGCAGCCAACACCAUGAAGGGGGCACUGCUUAUGCUGGCCUUGCUGGUGACCGGAGAGCUGAGCUUCAAGACGGCAGAAGCUUGCCCUCUUUUCUACUUAGUCUUUGGUGCACUUGGCCUUGGAGACAAGCACAUAUUGGACACCAUCCUCGAUAAGGUCAAGGCUACUGAACCAGAAAAGGCAGCCUUUGAAAAAGUCCAGGAAUGCUACAAUGAGGGGGGUAUCAAAGCCAAGACAUUGGAUCUGCUUGCCAUGGGCUCCAUCACCAUUAGUCCAGCAUGCCUCAGCUUCGCAGGAAAAGAGCUAAAGGAAGAUGUCAAAAAAGGACUUUCCAAACUGAACCCUUUUUCGAGAUGA